AUGUGCAAGCUGCAGCGGAUGGACUCUGAUGUCAGAAACUCCUUUGUCUGGGUGGGGGCUGGUGCGCGGAAGCUGAAGCUGAAGCUGAUGAAAGCGGCGCGGGAACGUGGUCUCAGCGUUGGCCCUAACCCCGUGACGAACCCGCGUGUGGGUGGGAUGGUGCCAACCUCCGGAAGCGGCGUGCCAACCCUCAAGUACGACGGCACCACUCGUGAGAACAUUCGCGCGCUUCGCAUGGUAACGCUGCAGGGCAACGCGAUGGAGACUCGCAGAAUGAUGCUUGAGCCCUCCUUGAGACGGGAACUGAUGCAGCUGUAUUGUGGCGGCGAGGACACUCUGGGAGUUGUCUGCGAAGUGGCCACGUUUAAUUCAACGCAGAGCGCCGUGAAUGCGAUGGUGGCGCUGAAGCGUCAAGGCGCACCGACAACUCUCCUUCGCCGCGAGUCUCUUAACGAGAGGGCCAUGGAGACCGCAAACAAGUGCAGUAAAUUGUUGCUUCCCGUAAUGGCUACGGUGUUGCUGGAGUUCCCCCAUAGCGACGCCUCUUUGCGUCGCAUACGCGCUGAUUUUAAAAUUUUGUUGAGUAUUUUUCGCGCGUCCGGGAGGCGCGUACUCCGUGCCUUUCCUGAAGGCUGCAGCCUAGGUGGACGCCGUGUGGAAGGGGCUGCGUGGCUGCCUCUACGCUGCCAUGCACUUCUGGGGGAAGUCGGAGCAGAUGCUUGCGACAGACGUCUGUGCUCCGUUAGUGGAGUUGCCUGCCGUGGUUCAGGAGACGGAAGGCCGACUUUGCGGCGCACAACUUCAGUGGCCUCAUUUGUGCUCGCAUCAGCGACGGCAACUUUUCACCUCAGUGUGCCGUUUAAGGACAAGACUUGA